AUUUUGUUUAUCUGUCACGCUAAUAUUUCCCAAUGGAAAAUCCUGCAAUAAUGGAAAUGAUAGCGGCACGGCGUUCGAACUUUGGAGAUAUUGGGUUUUGGGCAGACCGAACCGCGUUGCAUGAGGCUGCGUCCUUAGGCAGGGCUCUUCAAGUGAAACAGCUGAUUGAGGGUGGAGCAUCUGUAAACAUGGUGACAGUAGACAACAUCACCCCGCUCCAUGAUGCCUGCAUCCAGGGACAUCCAAACUGUGUCCGACUGCUACUAGAUGCAGGGGCUCAGGUGGACGUGAGGACCAUCCAUGGCAGCACUCCUCUCUGUAACGCCUGUGCUGCGGGGAGCCUGGACUGUGCAAAGAUGCUGCUGGAACAUGGAGCCAAAGUCAACCCCUCCCUCACAGCACUCACUGCCUCUCCCCUGCAUGAGGCCUGCAUAAAGGGUAAUGCAGAUAUAGCGAGGCUAAUGAUAGUGCAUGGAGCCUUGCUAGAGGCCUUUGACCUCCAGUUCGGUACCCCGCUACAUGCUGCCUGUGCCAAGGAACAUGUGGACUGUGCCAGGGUGCUGCUCAAAGCAGGUGCCAAGGUGAAUGCAGCUAAGUUCCAUGAGACGGCUCUCCACCAUGCUGCCAGAGUAGAGAUGGUGGACAUGAUUGAGUUACUGGUGGACUUUGGAGGCAACGUGUAUGUCACAGACAACGACAACAAAAAGCCCAUAGACUACACCAAGCCUGGCUCUCCCACUGAACAAUGCUUACAGUAUUAUGAAAGUACUCCUCUGAGUCUGCAGCAACUUAGCAGAGUGACUCUGAGGACGUUGCUGGGUACCAGAGCUCUGGAGGUCGUAGGUCAACUGGACAUAUCUCAACGUACCAUCAGCUACAUUCUCUGUGAGGGGUGCUGAUGCUGCCUUAUGAACUGACUGACUCAUGGAUGGAAUCCCAAAGGAAUAUCAGGAAAAGGAGAAAGCUUGAAUACUAAGCUGGGACACAUAUCAUCUUCAUAUGUUUUGUUUACUGUGGGACACACAUACAAAUUGAUGUGAUUUAUUACUGUGUUAUAAGCAGUAACAAAUUGUAAAAUACAUUUCAAGAAGGCCUGCUGCAAUUGUUCUAAUAUUCUAUAGAGAUGAAAGCUUGUUUUAGAAUGGUUAGGGAAAAUAAAGCCAAACAAUGUCAGUCCUCAA